AUGAAUAACGAAAAUCAUCGUGAAGCUGAGCAGUGCAAUCAAAAUAGUACUAUAAGCAAACCUUUACUAAGGUUAAAAUUAUUGGAUUCCCUACGUCAUGGUGAUUUCUCUAAGUUAUCGCAAUUGCUUACUUCUAAGGAUUUUGAACCAUUAGAUAAUGCGGAUGUUCAAGAAGUUGUACAGUUAACACUUCAUUAUGCUGUACAGGUGGCCCCUUUUACACUAACGAGGGAAAUUGUAGCGAAUUGGAUACCAGAGAGACCAAAUGCUACUCACUCAUCACUUGUAGUAUUGGACAUUAAUAAGCAAGAUUCAGAUGGUAACACGCCAUUACAUCUUGCUGCUCUACAAUCAAGAAGCGAUGUCGUACAAUUGUUAAUGAGCCACCCACAGAUAAAUGAUUGCAUUCUGAACAAUUCUCAUCUACAGGCCAUUGAAAUGUGUAAGAAUUUGAACAUUGCACAGGCUAUGCAAAUAAGCAGAGCUAAUUAUGUUGGAGAAAUUGCACAUGAAUUUAGAUUGGCAUUUAAUAAUAGGGAUUUUGCUCAUCUUGAGUCUAUAUUGAGCAACCCUAGGAAUGCAGAGCUGCUUGAUAUUAAUGGAAACGACCCUGAAACUGGUGAUACUGUCCUACACGAAUUUGUGAAAAAACGCGAUGUGAUAAUGGUUCGUUGGAUUAUCGAUCAUGGUGGUGACCCCUUUAAACGAGACAAACGUGGCAGACUACCGAUCAAUUCUUUUGGAAAGGGACCAUCUGAUAAAGAUCACACUGUAUCCGAAAAUACUAAGAGUGCGGUAGACAAUGAAAUAAGACAAUUAUUAGAAAAGGCGGCUAGGGAGCAGAGUGUUAUAGAUGUUACUAAUAAGUUACAUGAGCUACCGUCUUAUAAGGGUUAUUUGCGAAAAUGGACGAAUUUUGCUCAAGGUUACAAGCUGCGCUGGUUCAUUUUAAGCUCCGAUGGUACCUUAUCUUACUAUAAAGACCAAGACGAUUCUAUAAACGCUUGUCGCGGUUCCUUGAAUAUGUCCACUUGUUACCUACAUUUAGAUUCGAGUGAAAAGUUGAAGUUUGAAAUAAUUGGGGGAAGCAAUGGUACCGUGAGGUGGCAUUUGAAAGGAAAUCAUCCAAUUGAAACGAACAAAUGGGUUUGGGCGAUCCAAAGCGCAAUUAGAACCGCUAAAGACAGAGAAAUUAUGGUACGUGCAUCAUCGAAUUCUGGUAUGCAUGAUCAAUCAGUGCCUGCAAAGACUCAACAGUUGUCGGUAAAUACAGCAGGUGUUAAGACACACAAUAGUCCGACAAGUGCUGCGGUGUCUUUUGGUGUGAAUGAUGCAUCAUCGAAUAAUGCUCGCAACCAGCAGUUGGGCUCACUCGUGCGUUCAAACUCCGGUUCCUCAGUUUCUUCUAGCGACGUUGAGUUGAACGAUAAUUUGACUGAUUCUGGGAAGCAGUACGUUACUAAAGUCAAGCAAAAUAGACUACACGUAGGCAUUCCUGGCGCUUCAAAUGUACAACCACAAUCGGGUAUUGAUGCUUAUAUUCAGAAGCCUUUUGCUCAAAACUUCUUAGCUGAAGACUCUAACCUCUCUCCUGUAACGUUGGCAUUCUCUAAUAAUUCUUUGACUUCGAAGCUUGAAGACGACUAUGAGGACAAUGAAGAUGAAGGCGAGGAGGGCGAUGAGGAAGAUGUUCUUGAUAGAGGUUCGCAAGGAGGAUUUCAAAAUGAUGAAGAUGAAGACCUGAAAGUAAACUACGGUCCAUUUGCACAAGAAUUGUCUAUUUUGCAGCGCUCAAUCAUCAUUGAGAUUACGGCCUUGAAUGAGCUUCUGGAUGAUUGUGGUUCUGUUACUUCGAUUUUACCUACCGCUAAGAGAUCGUUACAUACUAUCAGCAAGAAUUUUGCACAAUUGAAUAAGUUGGCUGACAAAAGAGAUCAACGCUUGGUGAAAAUGCUCUCAAAACAAAGAGACAUCAACAAUCUAUGGAUCAAAUCGGUCAAAGAGUUGGAAAUGGAACUAAUUGAGAAAUCUGAGAAGUUGGCGGCAAUGGAUAAUGAUAAGAAGAGUUUAAAGAAAAUGCUACAAAAGAAACUAAGUGAAGUUGCGGUAGUUUCAGAAUCUAAUUCGGAUGGAACCAAUUAUUCUGAAGUUGAACAUACGAGAGAAUCAACUAAGCAAUUCGCAGAAAUUGUUGAAUUUAUCAAGUGUAACCAAUCUUCUGAUGAAGACGAUUCUGACAUCGACGAAUUCUUUGACGCAGAAGACCCGGACAAAAUUGAUCAGUCUGCCAGCCUCGUUUCUUUUUCGCAGCAUUUGACGUCAGUUCGUUCUAGUAUGACGCCAUUACCUCCAUCGCAAUCUCAAAAACUAGCAAUAGAUUUAAUUACGAAGGACCUUACUACACCAAGAGACCUUGCUGGAAAAAUCCCUGCUGAAACAUCGGCAACCGAAAGUGGACAAGCAGAGGUUGGGAGAACUGUGUCUGUGCCCCCUGCCAUGGAAUCAACACAAGUAAUCCAGGAAAUCUCUGCAAACACUGGUGUUACCGAAUCGGUUACAAAAUGUCCACCUACUACGGCUGUGGAUCACCUUCAUGGUGGGCAAGUUCCGGUCACAGAUGUUCAGCGUGUUGCACAGUAUAUGAUAGAUUCUGAGGGAACUUACCUUGGUUACGAGGAUGGUGUGAGGAAAAAACUUAACCUGGAUAAGGAUGAGCGUCCAAAGAUAAAUUUAUGGUCUGUGCUUAAGUCGAUGAUAGGCAAAGACAUGACUCGUAUGAACUUGCCCGUCACUUUCAACGAACCAACGUCUUUGUUACAGCGGGUAGGUGAAGACUUAGAAUAUAGUGAUCUAUUGGACGCUGCCGCUACCUUUGAAGAUUCUACGUUGAGAUUGUUAUAUGUUGCAGCUUUUCUGUCUUCUUCUCAUUCAUCAACCAUUAAGCGUGUGGCAAAACCGUUCAAUCCGCUUUUAGGGGAAACAUUUGAGUAUGCAAGACCAGACAAAAACUAUAGGCUUUUUACUGAGCAGGUGUCACAUCACCCUCCUAUUUCUGCUACUUGGACUGAGUCUCCAAAAUGGGACUUCUUUGGCGAAUCAUAUGUUGACUCCAAAUUUUACGGAAGAUCUUUUGAUAUUAAACAUUUGGGUUUGUGGUACCUAAGAUUGCGUCCCGACAAUAACGACCCGGAAGAAUUAUACACGUGGAAAAAACCAAACAAUUCAGUUAUUGGUAUUCUAAUUGGUAAGCCAGAAGUCGAUAAUCAUGGUGAUGUCAAAGUUACGAACCACACUACUGGCGAUUAUUGUUUACUACAUUUUAAAGCUCGCGGCUGGCGCUCUGCUAACGCAUUUGAAGUCAGGGGCGAGGUUUACGACGCCAAUGACGUCAAAAAAUGGGUAUUGGGAGGCCAUUGGAACGAUGCUAUUUAUGCGAAACGGGUUAUGAAAAAUAACGCGACCGAGGAUCUCAAUCUUGAUAGAGUCAAGCGUCGUCGUUCAAUAACGUCCGCUGGUCCUAGCUAUGAUGGCCAUAAAUUUAUGGUAUGGCAUAUCAAUGAGAGGCCAGAUUCUCCGUUUAACUUAACAUCUUUUGCGAUCACAUUGAACGCGCCACAACCAAGUUUAAUGCCUUGGAUAGCACCCACUGAUAGUCGUCGGAGACCAGACCAAAGAGCUAUGGAGGAUGGCAGGUAUGAUGAGGCCGCUGAAGAGAAACGUCGUGUUGAGGAUAAGCAGAGGCAAGCACGUAGACAAAGAGAAGCAGAGAAUAUUGUAUACCAACCAAGAUGGUUUAAGAAGACUACUCAUCCUGUAACAGGGCAACCUUACUGGGAAUUUAAUGGCGAGUACUGGAAAUUGAGGAAGCAACGUCAACUGGUCACACUGCCUGACAUUUUCUAG